UGCAAAAUAUACAAACUAAAUAUCGUACGAUGCGAUAUCGAAUGCUAUUUAUACAAAAAUUUGCAGAAAACAGCGAAUUAUUGGUUUUUCUAAGGUCGUUUACCAAGUGUACUAAAUAAACGAAUCGGCUAUCAUUAUCACACAAUAGCCAUCAGAAUUACUCUGUGUAGCUUUGGUACCUGAUCAAAGUCUUCCUUAUCUAGAUACGUGGCUAAAGAAACCGAGCGAUCGUCAGCAGUCGCGUGGAAUCGACCGUGCAGAGGGUUUCGUUCUGAAAAACGUUGCAAGAUGCAGCAAAAUUGCAUUACCGACGAAUUAGGCGAAACAUUGGUGGACAUAGGGCGAUAGAAAACGGAAUAAUCAACCUGGACUACGUGAACGAGACGUUCGAAGUGUUGUGUAAUGUGUUUAAUACAGUGCAAAUACGUCGCGAGCACUUGGAACGCGGCGAUGACACUGACGAAGUAAUUAACCAUUAUUGAAAAGACAAUUGCGAGGAAGUGGACAAUAUCACGGAAGUAACGACGCGAAUGAGUGUUAUUUAUUUGGAGCCUUAGAAGAUGAUGGUGUAACCAACAUUGUUGUUGGCGCAUCGAAAGAAAGAUGUCUGUCGAUCAAGAGGACGAUACAGUGAAAGCAAAGGACACAGAUCCUUUAUUAAAGGCGCUCGACAAACUCGGAUUAGGGUCAAAUUUUUUGUCGAUAAUAUUUAUUUUUACGCUCACGCCGACAAUAUUUAAUGGGUUGCAUUCCAUGUCCUAUAUUUUCAUUGCCGAAGUCCCCACACACUGGUGCUCGGUGCCAAGUCUGACCGCCGCGAAUUGGACAGAUGAACAAAUAAGAAAUAUUUCCUCGGCCAGUCCAUGCACCAUGUACAAUUAUGACUAUGACAAAUUUGCGGAAAUUGGAUUCGAUAAAGCUUUGGAAUAUAAAAAAAACAACAAACUACCAAAGGAACUCUCGUGCGAAGUGAGAAGCUUCGCGCAUGAUCUCGAUACAACUUCAUUCGUUGAAGAUUGGGACUUGGUCUGCGACAAGGCCGCAGCUCGUUCGAGCACUCACAUGGCUCUGUCCCUCGGAAAAUUAUCAGGCAGUGCGUUCUUUGGGAUUUUCGCGGACAAAUACGGACGGAAAAUCAGUUACGUCAUUGGAAUAAUAUUGUUAAUCGUCUCUGGCCCAGCUGGUGCUGUCGUUCCUUGGUACUGGGCCUUCAUGGUCUCGAGGUUCUUUAAUGGCGUCAGCCAUGCUGCGAUUCAAUACUCAGCGUUUACAACACUUACAGAAGUAGCAAGCGAAAAACACAGACAGUGGAUGGGAAUUGCUUACAAUACAGGCUACGCCUCAGGAACUGUCAUUAUACCGGGUAUAGCUUAUGUUCUACACGAAUGGAGACAUGUUCAAUUGGCAAUAUCUUUGCCUGCUCUACUCUUGUUAAUACACUUAUGGUACAUGCCAGAAUCUCCUCGGUGGCUGAUAGCGCACAAUCGUCGCAAGGAAGCGAAGAUUUUAAUCGAGAAUGCAAGCAAAAGAGAUUCCAAUGGAACAGGAACGACAGAGUUAGCGACUACUGUAUAUAAAGAAAAUUCGAACAAUACGAUGGCCACCAUCGAAACAACCAAAGAACGAUUGAAAAAAGAUAUCAAAGGUUUCCGAAUUCUAGUCAGUAACGGUGAAUUGCUGAAAAGGCUACUUAUCACGAAUUUCAACUGGAUGGUGGCCUCGCUCUCUUAUUACGCACUAGCAUUAAAUAUGAGCAACUUCUCGGCAAAUCAGUACAUUUAUGUUCUCGUAAUGGGAUUGACUGAAAUACCGGCUUACUUGAUACCAACGCCAAUUUUAAUGCUCGUGGGGCGACGAAUUGGAGCUGGAGCUUUAUACAUAAUCGCAGCCAUAUGCUUAUUAUGUAUUUUGAUAAUACCGACUGCAGAAACCGAUACGAUUCUGAUUGUAUCACUGAUCGGAAGAUUUAGUGCGUCAGCUGCUUAUGGCAUCGUCAUUUUAUAUAGCUCGGAGCUUUUUCCAACGGUAUGCAGAAAUUCCGCGAUUGGAACAAAUUCUGCAAUGUCACAUGUCGGAAGUAUAGCUGCACCUUUCGUCGCUGAUUUGUUAGCAAUAGAAGUGUGGUGGGGACCAACAACCCUUUGUGGUAUUCUAACCCUAAUGGCUGGUUUACUGUGUUUGACAUUGCCAGAAACUCGUGGGAGACCUUUAGCAAACACCAUCGAAGAAGAAAUCACAAAAGAUCGAGAAAAUGUAUCGUUCUGCAACUGCUGCAAGUGCAGUUGAGAGAAGACAUAAAUUAUUCUUCCAUAUAUUUGCUGCAGAACGUACCUUAUUGUAACAAUAUACACCUUAUUGUUGCAAAAACCUUCGAUAAUACAUUUUUGCUGUUUUGUAUGUCAUUGUUUUUAUAUUCCUUUGUAUACUUCGGUGGACUGUUUUAAUCAGAAAUAUGAAAUAAAUCUAUAAAG